AUGUCAUACUUGGAGAAUAACACUAAAAUUACUACAUUUAUACUUUUGGGAUUGACUGACAACCCAGAGCUGCAAGUCCCUCUGUUCAUAACGUUCAGUCUUGUCUAUCUCAUCACUCUGAUUGGGAACCUGGGCAUGAUGGUGUUGAUCUGGCUGGACUCCCGCCUCCACACUCCCAUGUAUAUUUUCCUCAGUCAGCUCUCUCUGGCAGACUGUGUUUAUUCCUCCGCUGUGACUCCAAAGGUGAUGGAUGGGUUUCUCACAGGGGAUAAAGUUAUCUCCUAUGGAGGAUGUGUUGCUCAGAUGUUCUUCUUUGUGGCUUUUGCCAGUGUUGACUGUUUCCUACUUGCUGUCAUGGCUUUUGACAGGUAUGCUGCAGUGUGCAAGCCCUUACAUUAUACCACAACUAUGACAUCUAGUGUGUGUGCUCGCAUGGUGAGUGCGUGUUAUGCUUGGGGUUUGUUUGAAUCUGCUAUACAUACUGGAUUCACCUUCUCCCUCCCCUGCUGUGCUAAUGUGAUCCAUCACUUUUUCUGUGAUAUACCUCCAAUCCUGGCUCUUUCUUGUUCUGAUAUCUAUGUGAAUGAGAUUGUGCUCUUUAUCUUAGCUUCAUUCAAUGUCUUCUUUGCUCUGAUAGUUAUCUUGACCUCCUAUGCAUUCAUAUUUAUUGCUAUUCUGAGGAUGCGUUCGGCAGAAGGACGGAAGAAGGCCUUCUCUACUUGUGCAUCCCACCUCACUGCUGUCACCAUAUUCUAUGGAACUGUUAUCUUCAUGUACCUACAGCCCAGUUCUAGUCAUUCUAUGGACAAUGACCAAAUGGCAUCUGUUUUCUAUACGAUAGUAGUUCCCAUGUUGAAUCCAGUUGUCUAUAGUUUAAGGAAUAAAGAAGUUCAUAAUGCUUUCAAGAAAGUUGUUGAGAAAAUAAACACUUUGUUGAGCUCCUAA